CACCGUGAUUUGGUAGAAUUGAAAAAUUAAACGAGCCUUACCUGUAAGGUGAAGUUUGAUUGUGAUUCUACCAAAUCCAAGGUGACGCGCUGAGGGUUAACAUGCCCUCCCUUACAGUUAUUCUGUUUUCCCACCCGUGCUUUUUACCCGUUUUUUCUCUAUAUCGUGUCCACAACAUUUAAAACUCUGAGCAUCCACGGCAGCACGUGUGCAUCUCAUGUUAACCCUCAGCGCGUCACCUUGGAUUUGGUAGAAUCACAAUCAAACUUCACCUUACAGACAUGGAAAUGCAAGAAUUGAAUGCAGAUAGUUCUGUUGAGAGUUCAGACAAGAGAGAGAGGAAAAAGCAAAAGGGGAAAUACAAGAAUAACAAGAGAAAGUUAGAAUCUGUGGAAGAUGAUAAUGAUAUUGGAGAUGGUAGCUGUUAUCAAGAUGGGAAAAUAAAUGGUCAAAUAUCUUCAAAAAAGAAGAAAAAGAGCAAAUCAGGCAAAGAGGGCCAUGGAAAAAGUAAGCCUUUUUUUACUCUGCUGCUAAGGCAACACUUCAAACACAAUAAAAAACUAGGUGAACGCUUGAAGCUGAGAGAUAUCCAAGAACUGAUAUUAUAUUGUAUGUUGAGAAAGACCAGCCAUGAGCAAUUGAGUUGGUGUCAGGUUGGAAAUCGGAAGAAAAUCAAGAAAGUUGUAGUGAUACUGUUGAGAAGUGUUGGGGAAAAUGACUUUGCACAACAUGUAACAAGCUUUCCUUUUAUAACCAAGGAGUUAACUUCUACUGUUGUUCCAACAAAUGCGUCAGGAACAGAUUUCACCUUUCAACAUGCUCAUGAGACGCUUCUUUCGGUUCCCUUGUCAAAGUCACAGUUAAAAAAGAAAAUGAAAAAAUCACGAGAUAAAAUCAACGAUAAUGAAACACUUGAGAAGAUUCAUGAAGAUGGAUGCAGCUCAAACAAAGAAUCUUAUCCCUCAAGAGGUGACAAAGAUUUACCAGCAGUACCAGUAGACAAAUCUGUUUUCCUUUUAACUAAAGAUCAACUAAAAUCCAACAAAUAUCCUGUGAGAUGUUAUGAUGAGGCAGCUAAUGAUGAAGAUGGUUUUCUCCCAUGCAUCACUCGCGACUCUCCUACUAAUGGUAACUCAGAGGAACAGCCUGUUUUUGCUGUGGAUUGUGAAAUGUGUGUAACAUCAGAAGGCCAUGAAUUAACCAGGAUAUCAAUAGUAGAUGAGUCGAUGAACAUGUUAUAUGACACUCUCGUUAAACCAGGCAGGCCAAUACUGGACUACAAGACUAAGUACAGUGGAAUAACAGCAGAAAUUCUUGAAGGGGUUACUGUGACUUUACAAGAUGUUCAGAAACAAGUAACAGCCUUACUACCAACUGGUGCAAUCCUGGCAGGACACUCUUUAGAUUGUGAUCUUAAUGCUCUCAAGAUGUACCACAACAAAGUCAUUGACACAGCCGUUGCAUACAAGGACAAGAGGGGAGGAUAUUUCAAACCAUCACUUAAGUUCUUAGCUGAAUUUUAUCUCCAGAAAAAAAUUCAGAAAGGCUCAGAUGGUCACUGUUCAAUAGAAGAUGCCAAGACUUGUAUGGAACUUGUCAAACUAAAAUUUCGGGAAGGUCCAACUUUUGGUUUGGCAGGGAAUGCAUCAGAAGGAUUGUUUGACAAAAUGGACAGUGAAAAGAAAACAUGUUCAAUGCUAGAUUAUCCAUACAUAGCUAAUUUGUGCAGAUCAGGAGGACACAAUGUUGUGCCGUGUACCUCGGAUAGUGAGAUUGUUUUAAAGGCAGCAAAUCUCAUCAAUUCAUCUGACUUCACCUGGAUCCAUCUUCAAGCUGUACAACAUUUCUAUGAACGGCUCAAAGACAAAGCAAUGAAUGAAGAACAGAAAGAGGAAGUGUUGAAGGAACUGGACACCAGAGUUCGUGAGAUAUAUCAAGAUAUACCAGACGACUGUUUAACAUUGGUUAUUAUGGGCUGUGGUGACAUCAGGGAAAUUAUAAGAUUACAAAGAGAUCCUAGUCCAAGGACAGAAGAACUACGUAAAGCUGUACAAGAAGCAAAGAAAGGCCUUUGUUUUAUGAAAUUUACUUAAUCUUGCCAUGUACAUUUUAUAUCCAAGACUACAUCCAAGCUACAAACUACUUGUCAUUUCCUAGUUACUUUAUUGUUAAUAAAAUAAUAAUGAUAAUAAUAA